AUGCCUUUAACUUUUACAAGUUGUCAAUUUGGAAAUUUAUCAUCGGAUUCAACCAAAUGGAAUCUUAUAUCUGUAAAUCCAUCUCAACCAUUAUCAAGUUCAUCAGAAAUCUUUAUAGAAUCUUUUGAUAACAAAUUGUGUCUUAAUACCAAGUCUAAUUCUGGUGUCGAGGCUUGUCCUUGUAUUAAUGAUGAUGUUAAUCAAAAAUGGAAAUUCAAUCUUGAUGGUUCUUUUUCAAGCAGUUCAAAUGAUGGAAAAUGUUUAACAGUGAUUGAUGAUGUUGUUGUUGGUUUAGAUACUUGUCAAAGUAACUCAACACCUAUGACAUGGAAAACCUAUAAUGUUGCACCAAAUACCAUUAAUGUUUAUACCAACACAUUAUUCCGUGGAAACUUUACUCAACUUACCGUAAAUACUUAUACUCCAAAAGACCUUCCAAAGGAAAUUUUUUCAUCUCCAUUUUCACUUGAGAUUCCACCUGGUCUUUUAUUUGUGGCUGAAUCUGAUAACAAUAACAAAAAUUCCAUCAUUUAUUCUUCUGACAUUGCACAAGGACUUAAACCGUGGCAUAUAAUUUUAAUUGUUAUUUUAAUACUGCUAAUACUUUUAAUUGUUAUCAUUGUUGCUGCACUAUUAAUUAGAAAGUCUAAUAUUAAGAAACGUCAAACAAAAAUAGACAAUUUUAAAGAAGCAUAUGAUGAAAAUAAAGUUCAAAAACAAAUGAGAAAUUUAUAUGAUAUUGCACCUAGAUUGGUGAAGAACAAUGAUUAUAAAAUCUCACCAUUGAAAAAACUUGAACCCACCUAUUCAUCAAAACAAGCACAGCAAAAAUUGAGGAGAUCUUCAACUAUGGGUUCAGUAAAUCGUAAAGCACGUUGUUAUUUUGAGAAUAAUAACUAUGAUGAUUUCGAAAUUAUAGUUGCUGAUAAAGGCAUAAAGACUUCGCCGCAUGCUAUUUUCAAUGAAGAUUAUCACACUGGUGGUAAUGAUCUUUCUUGA